UACCCUCACGGCCUAAAGCUUCAUAUUCUUACGCUAGCUUGGUGUAUCUCGGUGUUGUUGACCGCCUUUGACCACAGCAUGGUUCCUACAGCUAUUCCCAUUAUUACAACCCACUUUAAAUCAAUUGAUGGUGUAGGAUGGUAUGCUAGUGCCUACUUCCUUGGCGCAACGGCAGUUCAUGGAAUCUCUUGGAAACUUUACUCUAUCGCUUCUGUCAAAUUGAUCUACAUUCUGAAUCUAGUUGCUUAUAUAGCCGGAAGCGCUGUUUGCGGUACUUCGUCUUCUAGCUCCGCAUUGAUGAUUGGGCGUGCUGUUUCGGGAGCCGCAGCUGUAUGCCUAUCUCCCGGAGUUUUGAGGAUGGUUGCGGUUUCAACGCCAUUUAAAAAGCGGCCUGUGUAUAGUGGACUAUUUGGAGCUAUGUAUGGGUUGGCAUCCAUCGUUGGACCCAUACUUGGGGGGUCAUUAACUUACAAGGUCUCCUGGAGAUGGAUCUUUUAUAUCAAGAUUCCGAGUGGAUUGGUUGUUCUUACCAUUAUUAUCUUUCUAUUCAACACGUCAAAGGGCGCGCGAGAUUCCAUCGCCAAUAUGGGAUGGAGAUGGCGAAUGGCCAGAUUAGAUAUUGAGGGCUCUGUGUUCAUAACUGCUAGCCUAAGCUGUCUUAUACUAGCUCUGAACUGGGGCGGAACGACAAUGGCAUGGAGCGACCCUCGAAUUAUUGGUUUGACUUGCGUUUUUGGAAUUCUGUUUGUCCUUUUCGCUGCAAAACAAUUUUGGAGGAAGGAAGACGCGAGUCUCCCCCCUAGACUCAUGAAGCAACGCUCGAGCUUAGGUGCAUUAUGGUUUUCCUUCACUUUGGGAUCCUCUCUUCAAAUUGUCAAUUAUUAUCUCCCCUUUUGGUUCCAGACUGUGAAGGGAGUUUCCGCUCUCCAAUCAGGGAUUAUGAACUUUCCCUUGGUCAUAAGCCUUGUUGUAUCUUCAAUCCUGUCUGGUGUGAUGGUUUCAGCAAUCGGGUACUAUACACCUUUCAUGGUCGGCUCCUCCAUUCUCACCGCGGUUGGAACUGGCAUGCUUUCCACGCUUUCACCACAAUCGAGCCAUGUAGCCUGGAUUCUUUAUCAAGUACUGUGUGGCAUAGGUCUAGGCCUAGGGGCUCAUCAACCAAUCAUGGUGGCGCAAAAUAUACUGGAGAUCAGAGACGCGGCAGCUGGCGUAUCGAUGAUGAUUUUGGCGCAAAACUUGAGUGCUGCAAUCUUCGCUUCUGUGAGCCAGAAUGUCUUCAAAGGCAGACUUGUCUCUAAUUUGGAGCAAUAUACGCCGUCCCUGGAUCCCGCUACUGUAUUAAGCUUUGGGGCUGCGAAUUUACAAGACUCAAUCGAACCGCAAUACUUGGGAGGCGUUAGACUUGCAUAUAACAAUGCCCUCUCCAAAUCGUACCUAGUUGCGGCGGUGGUAGCCGCGACAUCGAUGGUUGGUAGUGUUGUAAUAGAAUGGAAAAGUAUAAGG